UUCGCCACGCUCGUCUCCCUCACUACGAGAUGAUCCCUGUAACCUCCUAAACGAUCGAAAAUUCCCAAAAAAAAACAAACAAAACCUCUAUCUGACUCGCUCUGAUGGCUCACCACCAACUCAUUGACUCGCUCACCUCCCACAUCUCUCUCUACCAUUCCCAAUCCCCUAACCCUAACCCUAACCCUAACCCUCACCCUCGAUCAUCCAUCCUCAAAUGGUUCUCUUCUCUCUCUCUUCACCACCGCCAAGCUUAUCUUACCAUCGUUGAUUCCAAUUUCGUCCAUAUUCUCCUUCAAAUGCUCGUCAAGCUCCGAUCCCAUGGCCAUGGCUCCUUCAUUCUUCUCCCUGACCUUCCCUCGCGAAAUCCUCCCUUCCUCCCCACCCUCUGCUUCAAGAAAUCGCGUGGCCUCCUCGCCCGCGACGCCGAGUCCGAUGCCUCUGGGCGGCUUCUUUUUAACUCCGCCCGUCUGUUCGAGUCGCGCGAGGGAGAGGAGGUUGCUGCGUGCUCGUGCUCCCCGAGGGGCCUCGAUGCGGUGGUGCUCGCCGAGGGCCUCGUGGAGGAUGUGGACCGGUUUGUGGACACCAUGGACCGGAUCUCCAAUGGAGGGUUCCUCCGCGGGGAUGAGAGUGAUCUCGGGGAGGAUUGGGUGGAGCUGCAUUGGCUCAAAUCGAAGGGUUAUUACAGUGUUGAGGCAUUUCUCGCGAAUAGGAUCGAGGUUUCGAUGAGGUUGGCGUGGUUGAAUAGCAGUGGUGGGAGGAAGAGGGGUGUGAAAUUGAAGGAGAAGUUGAAUGCGGCUGGUGUUGCUGCGAAUGUGUUUUGGAGGAAGAAAGGGUGUGUGGACUGGUGGGGGAAUUUGGAUGCUGUGACAAGGAGGAAGGUCUUCUCCACUACCAUCAUGAAGGCUGCGAAACCUUUGAUUCAUGAGGUUUUAAAAGUGGCAAGUAGUGCCUUUGAUGGUGAGACUUGGCUAUACAGUGUGGGAGUGGAUAAAGUAAUGCAACACAAUCGUCCUGUGUCAGCUCAAAGGACAGUCCCAGCUUUUCCUGGAGAGGAACUUGACAAGUCUUCAUCAGGUAAACCUAAAGAAAAGCUUACUGUUUCUAACCGUAAAAAGAAGGGACGAAACCGCAAUUCUAAAAGGCAAAAUCCUGUCCCGAAGACAUGUGUUGAUGAUAUUUCAUGUGAAAAUCCACUCAAGGACAUUGUGCAUGGUAAAAAGAAGACUGAUUUAGUGGGAUCCAGGGAACUACCUCCUGUUAAUAUGGGGAAGGAGAUUUCUAUGGAGAGCUCUUCAUCAACUGUUAAAAUGGAUCAUACUCAAGGAUUGGAUGUUGGAAAAUUUCGAAGCACUCCAAGGAGAAGUAGAAAAGAGAAAAAUAAAUGUAAAAGCACCCCUAUAGAUAUCGCAGGUGGAGAUUCUCAAAAGUCAACUAUGCAUGCUGCCUCUACCACUGUUAUUUCUGAAGGUGAGGUGGCAAUAUGUGAUAGGUUUUUAGGUAGUUCUGCCAUUCAGAAUGUCAAAAAUGACAAUUCAAUUGGUCAUGACGUCCUUGCUUCAAAUUCAAGCCUUUGUCGUUCUGUUAGUGGGCCUACUAAGGAGAACGGUUCUACAAGGAAAGUUGAAGGAGAGACUGAAGGUCUUGCUGAAAGUGGCAAUAGUUUAGGUCCUCAGUGUUGUUUUUUGUCAGAUGAAAGGAAAACUUUAUCUUCUGGAUUAGAUACUUUAACUUGUGAUGUAGAUUGUAAUGCUAUAACUCCUCCAGCACCUGCAUUGAAGCAUGGUAGUUUCUUCAGCAAAGAAGGUACCUGUCCUUUGAUCACAUCGCGUGCUGCCAAAGCUGAUAUAAAGUCAAUUACUCCAGACAAACUGAUUGGAGAGGUUCAUGGAAAAGAAUUUGGGCUGUUGAAGGAGCAAGAUAGAUGUCUAUUUGAAAGUAGAAAUUCAGCUUUCUCAAAAUGCAGUCCGUAUGAGUGGCCUGGUGUACCUUCUAUCUAUUUUCCAUCUUUUAACUCACAUCUUCCUCCUGCCACUGAUAGACUACAUCUUGAUGUUGGGCGGAAUUGGCAUAAUCACUUCUGCCACCCAUUUGUUCCGACAUUACCACAGGCUAGAAAUACACCUAUUGAAGGUGGAUGCAACCAAAUUCUCUCUCGUCCUAUUCCUAUGAGUUUUGACUGGCCCCCAGUUUUUCGUGGUGGGAUGACUCCGCUGAACUAUAAUUAUGACACUGGUUUUAUGUCUAGGAAGCAAUGUACAUUUUCGAAAGGAUUGGCUGUUCACAGCAUGCAGGUUGAUGCAACUGCUCCUGAUGAUGAAAGAAAGUAUGCUGGGGAUGUAUGGGAUUUACCUGAUCUAACAAAUGCACCUGAGCUAACAGAUGAAUUUGACAACCACUGUGUAUCUGAGGAAGAGUAUGAGGUUCAUACUGUUUCUGGUAUAGAUUAUAAUCAAUAUUUUGGUGGAGGCAUAAUGUACUGGAACCCUUCUGAUUAUCCUGGCAAGGGCUUCUCUCGGCCUCCCUCUCUUAGCUCUGAUGACAGUCUAUGGGCUUUGCGUGAAGCUGACAUGAAUAGGACAGUAGAUGACAUGGUUGCUUUCUCAUCUUCAUACAGUACGAAUGGUUUAACAUCUCCCACUGCUGCUACAUUUUGUUCACCUUUUGAUCCUGUAGGGACUGGGCCGCAGCCUGUUGGUUACAUGAUGUCAGGUAAUGAAGUACCUGGAAAGAUAUUGCAUUCUUCAUCAGUUACAGAUGCAGCAGUUGAUGAAGAUACUUCUGGUUCUUUGGGUAAUAAUUUAGCUGGAGAAGUUGAAGGGAAGGCAGGUGAUUCACAUCCAUAUCCCAUUCUACGGCCAAUAAUUAUUCCUAACUUGUCAAGGGAAAGGUUUGAUCAUAAAAGUCCCGGUGUUCCUCCCACCAGGCGGGAGCACCCACGCAUAAAGCGGCCACCAUCACCUGUAGUGCUUUGUGUACCACGUGCACCACGUCCACCCCCACCUUCCCCUGUGAGUGACUCCAGGAAGCAGAGGGGUCUUCCAACUGUUAGAUCUGGUAGUUCCAGCCCAAGACACUGGGGAAUGAGAGGCUGGUAUCAUGAUGGGAGUAAUUUGGAGGAAGCUUGUUUAAGGAUGGAUGGUGCUGAAGUUGUGUGGCCUUGGAGAAGUAAUAAUCUUGCAGUGCGACCCUUGAUUCAGCCUUUACCUGCUGCCUUGCUGCAGGACCGCUUGAUUGCAAUGUCACAGAUAGCACGUGACCAGGAACAUCCAGAUGUCACAUUUCCUUUGCAACCUCCUGAGUUACAAAGCUGUUCUGCACCAAGUGCAUCUUUAUCUUUGAUGCAUGGCAUUCUCCAUGAUGAGAUUGACUCUUUCUGUAAACAGGUUUCUGCAGAAAAUAUGGCCAGGAGGCCUUACAUUAAUUGGGCUGUCAAGAGAGUAACUCGAUUUCUGCAGGUUCUGUGGCCCAGAUCCCGGACAAACAUAUAUGGUUCAAAUGCUACUGGUAUGUCUCUUCCAACAAGUGAUGUUGACCUUGUGGUUUGUCUCCCUCCAGUGAGGAACCUGGAACCUAUAAAAGAGGCUGGAAUACUUGAAGGUCGUAAUGGUAUUAAAGAAACAUGUCUUCAGCAUGCGGCUAGGUAUCUUGCCAAUCAAGAUUGGGUAAAAAAUGAUUCUCUGAAGACAGUGGAAAAUACAGCUAUUCCUAUUAUUAUGCUUGUGGUGGAAGUACCUCAGGAUGUUAUCAUUUCAUUGGAUCCUAUGAUACAAUCAUUAAAAGAAGAGCUGCAUUGUAUGCAUGGUGAACAUGGUAAUGGCAAUCAUUCUGAAAUCGUCCAUUUAGAAGAAUCAGCUUUGUCAAAAGGCUCCCAAAUGAAUUUUGAUGCUUUGAAAUCUAAAUCAAUCCGUCUGGACAUCAGCUUUAAGUCCCCAUCACAUACGGGACUCCAAACCACAGAAAUGGUUAAGGAGUUGACAGAGCAAUUUCCUGCUGCUACACCUCUUGCUUUGGUACUAAAACAGUUUUUGGCAGAUCGGAGCCUUGAUCAGUCCUACUCUGGUGGCUUAAGUUCUUACUGUUUGGUCUUACUAAUUAUACGUUUUCUUCAGCAUGAGCACCAUCUUGGCCGGCCAAUCAACCAAAAUUAUGGAAGCCUUCUGAUGGAUUUUCUUUACUUUUUUGGGAAUGUGUUUGAUCCUCGUCAAAUGCGGAUAUCAGUUCAGGGAAGUGGACUUUAUAUAAAAAGAGAAAGAGGUUGUAGCAUUGAUCCGAUUCACAUAGAUGAUCCACUUUUUCCAACUAAUAAUGUGGGAAGGAAUUGCUUCCGAAUACAUCAAUGUAUUAAGGCAUUUUCAGAAGCUUAUUCUGUUCUUGAAAAUGAACUCAAAUUCCUAAAUGGUGAUGGUGAAUCAUGUUCAACGCCAAGUUACAGACUGCUUCCAAAAAUCAUCCCAAGUCUUGAUAUAUCAUAAGAUUCUCAUUACAUGAAGACUGAAAUGUUAUGUAGUCUGAAAGGCAGGGUCCUACUUGUGCAAGGUUAUCCAUGCCAAAAUAUUGGUCUUUUGCUCUGGGCAUGCAGAGGAUACCUGGAAGCUGGAGGCUGGCAUUCUGAGUUGUGGGUGGAAGUUGAACAAUGCAGUAUUUUUCUCGUGUCUUGACUUCCAAGCAGUGUCACCUAAGAUGUUUUCUUGCAUGUGUUCAUAAGUUUAUUCAUUGUUAAUGUUGCCAACUGCCAAGAAAAAGGUUAGGACUUUAUCCUAGACGUGGUGGUGGUGGUUGAUCUUCUGGUCUGCUGGAUCAGUGUGGCUGGUUUAACCAACUUACUGCUCAGAAACUGAUUUCCUGCUCUCUGUCAGUGAGCUUUUUAAUAUAUAAUGAAUGGCAAACUGAGUUCUUCAUCAUAUAUGUUGCCAUGCAAAUUGUAUGCACAGUUCUUUAUUUGGAAGUUGGAACCAGUUUCUGCAUCUUUUUGCCUUUAAAUAUUUCCUUAUCUUUGGUUUUUCUAACAUUUCUUUUCAGUUGAUGUGAAGUGGCAAAAGAUGGUAAUUUGAUGCAAAAGAGUAAUCUGAGUCUUCUGUCACACAAGUAAUGGCACCAUCAGCCAAGUUUUAUUUCUGUUGCCUAAAGCACACAAAUUCCUUUGAUAGUAAUUUGAUGUUGUGUUUCCUGAUAUAACCAUCUAGAACUCAAAUCUAAUUCCAACAUCUGAGUUCUUUUGUCUUUAUAUAUUUUUUGUUAAAGUAAUUUGAAAAGCAUGGAGGUGGAAGGAAAUCUGCCAGCAAGUAAUUUCUCAUCAAAAUUGGUGUUUUUAACAUGUUAGAACUCACUGAUAUCAGCUUCGUUUUGCCACAUAACUGAGUUUUCUACUUUUCUUAUUGAUAUGGCUAAAUAAAUUGUGAAAUUAAGAUAGUCAUUGUCUGCCAACUGAUUGGAGUAAGGAUCUCAUUGUUGUUUAUCUUUUUAAAUUAGUAUGAUCAUUAUUCAUUUUUCCUUGUUGGUAUUUGAGAUACAGAGGCCAAGCCUUGGUGCAAUAGUAAUUUGUUACCUCUUGACACAGUGAUAUACAGGUUCAUGUUGCCAAAACAGCUUUUCCACUAGCGGAGUUGAGGUUGUGUACCUGUGGCCUUCCCUAGACUGAAAAACAGUGCUGAAACGUGGAAGCAACCCCUGAAGAACCAGUGGUUGGACUUGGCUGGAGGAAUUAUGACAUGAUAAAUCGUGCUGUUUGCAUCAAAUAAUUGGGUUAUUGUGCAUUACAAGAUGUUUAUCAGAAUUUGGGGGUUAUGCAAGUGAUGCCAACUUGAUGUGGUCUGACUUCAUAAAGCUCAAGAUUAAGGAGAGGAUUUUAUUAAAAGUAGAAAAUCAUUGUAUUGAUUUGAUUGAAUGAGAUGUUAGAACAAGUGUAGCGUACAUGUAUAUAUAUAGAUUAUCUUGUGACAGCUAUGCAAAAAACUAACUUAAAACGACAAAUUCUCCUAACUGUUGCUAACAGCUCAAGGACCAGGAUGCAGUACAGUGUCUAGACUAUAUUAUGUUGAAGGAUGAAAGUGAUCAACACGAGAGCCCAUUUUUAAUUUAUCGGUUUCGAAACUAAUAAUAAAUUGUUCUAGUUUUU